CCAUUCUCAGACUGACAUCUCCCUCCAGCUCGAUUAUAUCACCCGGACCGCAACCGCGGCAGUGAAGUCGACGUCGUCCCCAAAUUCCAAGCCAUCCAAGCCGCCCACGAAAUCCUCGGUGAUCCCGAGUCCCGCCAAAAGUACGAUGAGCAGCGACGAAGACUAGGCUUCGGUGCACGAGCUCCAACCGCCGCUCGACCAAAACCCUACUCCGCAUACACUACUGGCGAUCCCCGACGGCCGCCUCCACGUCCCGAUUUCGCUACUCGUCCGUCAGCAGGCGCAUCCCGCUUCGAAAGCUUCAACGUCCCUCCUCGAUCCGGCCCGAGACCCAAGACCGGCUCAAGGGAAGAUGCGCAAGCUCGAGCAGACGCAUGGACGUAUAUGCACCAUGCCAAAUCGCACGAACAACCAUCCCGUCCUCCACCGCCACGCCCAGACCCGAGACCAUACACUUCCGCCUACGAGGGUAUGAAUGCGAGACGGGGAUCGUUUGGACGAUCGGCAUCUACACGCGUGCCCAAACCGGGAGGGUUUGAUCCGCGAGCAAAGCAGGAUGAACCUCCAGCUUCAGGAAGCGCAUAUUUUACGCAGUCGCGAUUUUCAAGUCGACAGCAGCCACCUCCGCCCCCGGCUGCCAAGACCACUGGUUUCGGGGCGUCGAAAUCUGCGACAGCUACGCCUACCUCAAGAAAAUCAACCGAAGAUCCGUUCGCUGGCGGGAGGUCACAGCAUGCUAGUGAUGAGGCACCAUUCGCCGAAGGGAGGGAUAGGCCUCGUGCACCUUAUACCUCCCAACCAGGCGAGAAGUUCAACAUUUUUGGUGAGGGGAUGAAGCGGAGUUCAAGUGUGCGAGCAAGCCCAGGGAGGGCACAUGUAAGCUCGGACACGAGUGAUAGGACAUCGCGAGAGGCGACGCCGGAGUCACGAGCACGGCAUCGGUCUGCUAGCCCCAGCGCACGAAGUGCAUAUAAUCCCAUCCCGACCAAACCUGCCUCGCAACCGCGCAAAAAGCCUCCCCCGCCAAGUGCAAGAUACUCCAGCUACAGCAGCACUUCGAGCGAGGACUCGUCCGGACCAGAUUACCCUAGUAAUCUCGGUCCCGGCGCCCGCCACGUCCAUCCCGGAGCCGGUCGCUCCUCCGACCCUGAGACAGCGAGGCGGAAAAGCGAAGGCCACGCCACGGAGAGAAAGAUGGCGUCUCCCGGAGGUUUCUGGAAACGCGGAACGAAGCCUAAUGGCGAAGCGGGAUCUGGAACGAUGCCCGGUGGCCCAACAGCAGGUGCUGCGCCUGUCCCAGGACAAGCGUCUUCGGAGGGUGGAACCGGGAGCAACAAACCGAUGUACGACAACCCUUCCUUAAGUGACACACAUUUCGCAUCUCCUUCUGGUCCAAAGUUUUCUUCUCGUCCGUCAAAUUUCCCUUCUGGUUCAUUCGCUGGCGUUUAUUCUUAUCCCGCUUCUCAUGGUGAUCCUUUUUUACCGCCUGGAGCCGUUCAAGGAGGACAUCAACAGCAUCAACAGCAUCAUUACCACCCGCAGCAAACCCCAGGACCGCCCGGAUAUGGACCCCCGUUUGGAGUUAUUGGUGAGGAGAGGAACAUGUCCCAAACCAGCGUGAAUACGUUUCCUGGCCCGCCACCGAGAAUCUCAAGCUUGGAGAACAGUGCGACCUGGCCUCUCGCGUUUGGACAGCAGAAGCCAAGGAGACCAUCUGCGUGCAGCAGCUUCGCACCUAACCAGCAGGCGUCAGCUCAAACUUCAGACAAGCGUUCGGCAUCCCGGGCAUCCUGGGCCUCUCGGGCAUCCAAGAGUUCCAGGCGUUCUGAGAGUUCCUGGCACAACGUCUGGCCCUUUGGGUCCAUAAAACGGGCUGCAAGCAGAGUUUCCCGGAACACUGACAAGCAGGACAAGCAAAACGAUGUCCCAGACUGGGCGUAUCCAAGCACUGUUCUUCCGCCUGAGAGUGCAGCAGGUGAGGGGACGCCACAUGCCCCGGAGUGCAAUACCAAGAAGACCCGAUUCAACGCGUAUGAACAGGUUGGUAUCGGCGUUGAUAGAUUGCGGACUCAGCAAUCAGCUUCUUCGGGAAGUUCGGCAAGGCAAUAUGCUGAUGUCGGUUAUCGUACCUUGGAGGAUGCGGCGUCUUUGUCCAGUCCCUAUCUCGCCCAAGUUUUCACUCAAGCAGCCAGAGAUGCACUCAGGGCCGACCAAACAUAUCCCGGAUCUAACCAGCCCGCUCCCCGGCCGGAUGACUAUGCUCCAGGAUUUCCGCUUUCAAAGUCUCAAUCUAAGCCAACGUCAAAUCAACUUCCUUCGCAUGCGUCGUCUCAAUUCAAAACUCCGGCAGCUCCUAUGGAUCACUCGUCAACGUUUCAAUCCAUCUUCGAUUUCUUCAACUUCUCUAAACGUGCUCCGUACAGUCCUGCUAGCGAUUUCCCGGAAUUCGACGACAAUUCAAAUCACAACAACCCCUCCGUAAAUGAUGCUGACAAUUUUGCUCCCAACAGCUUCAAUAUCCCUUCGUUCUCGCAGAGCCAAAGCGCCCGCGGGCCCGCCGACACUGCGCGACAUGCUCGAAGCGAAGAGAGCAUCAAUACGACAUUCAGUCCGUCUGAGUGGAGCGGUAAGUUUGAAGGUAAUCCUGAUUACUUCGCGCCUCCUCCGACGGCACCGAAAGUACGAAAGGACAGCACCACCAGCGCCCAUAGGUCCCCCACACGCAGUCGCUCUGCAUCACGUCCGUCUGCGCCGGGGACUCCGAAACCGGCAGAAACGGCUCAGAUGCCACCGCCGCCAAUUCCGCCAGUACCUCAAUCCCCAUUGAGGACCACACCAAGCGGUAAUCUACAGUUCCCAGCGGCGCCUGGCGAGAAGAGAUUCAAGCCGGAGCUGUGGAAUGAGACGAAGGGUUGGGAUUUCCAGCCACCGGAUUCGUUGGAGAAGAAGCCGAGUAGUCCGACGAAGGGGCCGAGAAAUGGGCGGGUGAGCGAGCAUGACAGGAGAGCAAAGGGACCGAACGUGGAGGAUGUUAGAGAUGAGGAGCUAGGAGGCGGUGGUAUUGGGAUAGGCGUAAAUGCGAACCACGCGGACGCCACGCCUGCACAAGAGGAAGGUGGAAGGGCAAGUCGGACAAGUAGUGGUGGUGCAAGCGUGGAUGCCAUGGACAUCGACACCGAACCGCCGUUCAUGACGCCGCAGCCGCCGCAACCGCAGAUGCAUAUGCCCAACGGCAUCGCGCGAGAACUAUCUGGAUCAACCGCCGCAUCACCAACUCCGGCGCGCGCACCACGGCUCGUCAGUCAACCGACCCAGCGACCAGACUGGAGCGACGUCAAAAACCGAACAUACCAAGCCUACAUGAACCAGGUGAACGGCACUUCAACGCAUCCAACCCUCCAGCAAUCUCCUCGACCCACCAGCUCGGGCUUUCCCGUCGACCAACCCCUCCCACCCCCGCCGCCCGGUCCACCACCCAGCGUCCGCACGAGCACCGGCAAGAAACUCCCCAAAUCCCGACGUCCGCCGGUGAACCUCGCCGACCUGCAAAACGUCUCCCCUUUCACCACGACGGCGGGCCUCGAAGGCCUCGCUGACCUCAACACCACGCUCCCGUUCCCCUCCCGCCCCUCAUCAAGCCACCCGACCGCGCCGACCGCUACACUGCCCCUCUCCCUCCCCGCGCCACCUCGCGCCCCCCCCCCACCACCUCACCUCACGCAAUCCAGCUGGACGCAAUAUUACGAGCGGAUGGGCGCGUACAUGGGCGAGUGGUCGAACUUCAACAACACGAUGCUCGGACACUUCGCGGCGCGGCAAUCGGCGCUGGCGAAUGUGAUCGAGAUCUCGAAAGGGCCGCAUAGGGCGAGCUGGCUGGGACAGGUGGGCGAUGGGCGCGAAGGAGGGUUCGAGAGCUAUAUGAGGGGGAUGAAGGAGGAUGAGAGGGUGAGUACGCAUUGGAAUGUCGCGAAGGAGAAGCAUCGGGAAGCGGUAGAGGAGUUUGCAGGGGUGAGGGGAAAGGUGGUGGCGGCGUUUGGGAGGGGGGUGGUGUAGAUGAGUGGUGGAAUGGAAGGAAAGUUCGAACAGGAAGAACAAGAGACGCCGAUGUGGGCGGGUGGAGAAAGAGGUGAAGGCAGAUCAAUGAUUUGUGGAUGUGGACAUGGUUCUGCUGUUGGUUUCAUGGUCUUCCGGAUGCAUUUGGGAUUGGUCAACAUGUGCUCAAAGACGUUCAUCCUGGGAGUCGGGAUCCGUCUUAUCACUCAGGUCGAGUGAGCGAGCAGAUCUUCAGCAAGGCGUUGGUAUGAUUGGGUUCGGCAUAGAUACCUCUGCU